AUGGCAACCUUGGACGCAUUUCUUAUCAGAGGCAAAAAGAAGACUCAAUCAUCAUCAUCAUCAUCAUCACUACAAGACACACACACCCAUCACGCAUUUGUCAAUCCAUUCACAGUGCAAGUGAAAAAGCCACUGAGCAAGAAAGCACUUAUUGAAAAACCAGCGAGACAUCAAACCAAAAGAAACACAAUAGCGCACUAUUUCACGCCUGCGACAAGGGAUGCCGAUGUCGAAAUGGAAGAAGCUGCUGCAGACGUGUGCGUGAUUCGCAACAAGAUGCCAGUAAUGAAUCUAUGGAAUGUGAUACAAUACGAGCUUGAACAAGACCCUUUUUACCAUGGUAUUAUGGAUGAAUCUUCCGUACCAACGACAACCAGCAGCACACUGGCCAUCUCCAGUCAUUGCGUGAAACGCAGGCGGUCAAGGCAAGCCGAUGCAGAACAGAGUAGCAAACGUCUUAGGAAAACCGACCACGAGCUAUCCAGCAUCAUGAUACGAUUUUUGAAUAUGGGCUCAUCAGUCAUCAAGCACCAUCCACCUGUGCCAAGCAGCCUUGAUCUCAUAAACGAGUUUUCAGAGGACACGGAAGACCUAUCUCGUCGUGUUCGUCAUAAACAGACAUGGCAAGAAUCCAAUUUAUUUUUAUACCACAUGACACAGGAAUUUCUCAAUGUUGCAAUAAAUCAGUAG